UUGAAAAUUAAAAGCGGAAUUGAUUUCGGCAGCCAUGGACGUGUGAUCUGUGCCUCCGCUCAGAAGUUGGAGUGGAAGUUUGUCUCCGGUGUUUCUGUUAAAGUGAUUUAAUUGGGAAAGGUGGCCAGUGCAAUGAGUGGAGCCGCGGUCCCAGCCGACAUUUCAGGACACAUGUUGGACCUGGAUGAGGACGAAGACCUGGAGGUGUUCAGUAAGAACAUCUCCCUGGCUGGAAGCACCCCCAUGCCCAACUCUCCUGACUCCUUGGUCAACCAGUUCAGACUGGAUGAAGAGAAUGAAGAGGAGCAGCAAGAUGCCAUUAAUAAAGAUAUCUUCAUUACUGUUGACAACCCAGAGAGUCAUAUAUCUGCUAUUGAGACCUUCAUUAUGUAUAGAGUUGUAACCAAGACCACAUGCAGUGAGUUUGACUCCAGCCAGUAUGAAGUACGUCGACGAUACCAGGACUUCCUGUGGCUCAAAAGCAGGUUGGAGGACAACUACCCAACACUAAUUGUUCAUCCUCUCCCUGAGAAGUUUGUGAUGAAAGGCAUGGUGGAUCGCUUUAAUGAUGACUUCAUUGAGACCAGGAGGAAAGCCCUGCAUCGCUUCCUCAACAGGAUCUCUGAGCAUCCCAUCCUGUCCAACAGCCACUACUUCAAAGUCUUUCUCACCGAAGAGGAGCUGGCACCUCACAGAAAACAAGGUCCAGGCUUUCUGAGUAGGAUGGGUGAGACCAUGAGGACCAUGGCCAACUCUGUGCGAGGCCUGAGGAGCAAGUUGGAGGAGUUUGAUGUCAUGCAAGAGUAUGUGGAGGACUUCAGUAACAAAAUCUGCUCUGUGGACAAAGUCACCCAAAGGAUCAUCAAAGAACAGAGAGAAUACAUGGAUGAACUGAAGCACUACAGCUCUACCUACUUCCAGUGGGCUGAGUCAGAGAAGGAGCUGGCUGAACCACUGAAGGGCAUUGGCAGCUGUGUGGAGAGGUGCAGUAAGGAGACCCAGGAGCAGGUCCAACACCUGUCAGAGGUUCUCGUUCCAGCGCUGCAUGAGUACGUGCUCUGUGCCGAUACUCUUAAGGCUGUCAUGAGACGGAGAAACAACAUCCAGGCAGAGUUCGAGGCAAAGAAUGAGGCCCUGGCAUCAAGAAAAACUGACCAAGAAAUGUGGCAGGAGGAGGUGGAUGAUUUGGCAGACCGAGUGGAACAGGCCAACAACGCUUUGCGUGGAGACUGGUCACGAUGGAGGACCAGGAUGAGAGCUGACCUUAAAUCUGCUUUAAUUUCUUCUGCUGUCAAGAAUGUAGAUUACUAUGAGAAGUGUUUGGCUGUGUGGGAGACCUUCCUCCUUUCUCAGAGAGGGGGGUUAUUGGAGCAAAGAAAUGGAGAAGAUGCUUCCUAAAUUGUGAGCCUGCCUCUGCUUCCUUGCUGACCACACAAAAGACACCAUGGGAUCUGUCCAUGUUGAAACUUAAGAUCUAACCACCACUGAUUAAAGUAAAAGUGCAUCAUUUAUUCAACCAGCAAACUUUCAUGUGAAUCAUUUUCCUUCUAUUUAAACAAAUAUGAUAGUCCUAUUCUUUGCAUUCCAGUGAUGUUUGUACAGAAUAAAAACAAGGUCUGAUUGUGACACAUAAAUUAGCUGACUAAUUCCAUACUUGUGGACGGCCAAAAAUGGCUCUCUGCUGGCAACACUUUGCAGCUUCAUGUUGGUUGACUUUCCAAGAUGUAAUGUAAUGUUUGUUAAUAAACUAAAGAGAUUUUGGUACAUGUCCUAUAGCUGCUCUAGCAUGACUUUUCUGAUGCUUUCUUAGUAUCUCUGCAGGUAAAGCAAACUACAGUUUCAACAAAAGGGAGUGAAAAAGUCCUCUUAUGUACCAACAUAUUCUGUUGUUUAUCAGCAGCCAGUGAUGCAUACACUUCAUCAAUUAUCAAUCUGGUACUGUCAGAACUUUGAAAGAAUUGGCCUGUCUGACUGAAUCUAGUAUUUGUGAAUUAUUCAAUAGAUAAGUCACUUAAGGGAGUGUACACUGCAACUUGCAAGACUGGAACUCCAUCGUACAUCACUUCUAUGAUACACAUGGAUCAGCUUUAUUAUAUAUUUUUUCUUUUGAACAUUGUGGUGAUUGUCGUUAAUUCUUGCAGCUAUGUCUGUCAUAUGGUGCUGGUUGAAAUUUAAAGUUUACAUGUAAGAUGACCAAUGAGUAAUGCAUUUCUAAUAACAAAGUCUCAAUAUUUUUUUACUUAUACAAAUUAUAAUAUUAAAGGCAAAUAAAAGACAAGCUACUGUUUUACCUCGAUAAUAAAGAUUAACUUCACUUGAAA